AUGUUUGUCAUCGGAUCUUUGGCUGCUGUCCUUUUUGCUUCCAAGGGCGCCUUGGCCGUCGGCAGUGCUCUCGGUUUUGCUACUGGUACAACCGGGGGUGCGGCUGCUGCACCUGCUACUCCUACUUCGACCACUCAGCUGGCCAGUUGGUUGUCGGAUGGUACCGCUCGUACCAUCGUCCUUGAUAGGACCUACGAUUUCACCGACACCCAGGGCUCUACUACUGCAACUGGCUGCAAGCCCUGGACUUGCUCUCCUAACCCACAGCUUGCUAUCAAUGCAAACAACUGGUGUUCUUCAACUGCUGCCCAGGUCUCGGUUACAUACAAAAACGCCGGUACAUCAGGUCUGCCAGUGGGUUCAAACAAGACGAUCCUCGGGAAGGGUACUUCCGGGUGGAUCAAGGGCAAAGGUCUUAAACUUGCUGGUAGCAAGAAUGUUAUCAUCCAAAACAUCCGUAUUUCCGACAUUAACCAUCAAUAUGUCUGGGGUGGUGACGCUAUUGACCUCCAGGGUGCUACCAAUGUCUGGAUCGACCAUAACUACUUCAAUCGUGUUGGUCGCCAAUUCAUAGUCACGCACUUCGAUCCGAGCACCAAAGUCACCAUCUCCAAUAACUACUUUGAUGGAAGGUCCGACUACUCUACUGGAUGUGACAAGCAUCACUACUGGGCCUUCCUAAUGCUUGGCAAGGGAGACCAGAUUACCUUUGCACGCAACCACGUUUACUAUACGGCUGGUCGUGGACCUCAUAUUGGCGGUACCUCUGGCAACAGCCAACUUUUGCAUAUGUACAAUAACUAUUUCAACGAUAUUACCGGUCAUGCUCUUGAUGCCGAUGUUGGUGCUACCGUCUUAGCUGAGGGCAACUACUUUAACAACGUCAAAACCCCCUCGACUGGAAAUGCGAAUGGAUCCGUCUUUGCCCCCACCUCCUCCACCAUGGCUGACCAAUGCUCGAGCGCUCUCGGAAGGAAGUGCGUCCUGAACACCCUCUCCGGAUCUGGCACCCUGCCUAACGCGGCGAAGAACGGUAUUAUUUCUCAAUUUACUGCUUCUGUUAUCAAGAGCGCCUCGCUGAUGGACCAGUCCUCUGUCCCCUCUUAUGUCUUGGCUAAUGCGGGUACCGGUAAGGUCAACUAA